AUGGCGCUGGCCGAGCUCUACACGCAGUACAAUAGGGUUUGGAUCCCUGAUAAUGAAGAAGUUUGGCAGUCUGCAGAAAUCACAAAAAACUACAAAGCUGGAGACCAUUUUCUCCAUGUGCAAUUAGAAGAUGGAAGUGAGCUGAGUUACCCUGUUGAUCCAGCUGCUUUGCCACCACUACGAAAUCCUGACAUCCUUGUUGGUGAAAAUGAUCUCACUGCACUCAGUUAUCUGCAUGAACCAGCUGUUCUACACAAUCUUAAAAUUCGUUUUGUGGAGUCUAAGCUUAUCUACACAUACAGUGGGAUAAUUCUGGUUGCAAUAAACCCCUAUAAGCAGCUGCCAAUAUAUGGAGAUGCCAUUAUCCAUGCAUAUAGUGGGCAAAACAUGGGGGACAUGGAUCCACACAUAUUUGCUGUGGCAGAAGAAGCAUACAAGCAAAUGGCAAGAAAUAACAAAAAUCAGUCUAUUAUAGUCAGUGGAGAAUCAGGAGCUGGAAAGACUGUGUCUGCAAGGUAUACUAUGAGAUACUUUGCCACUGUGAGUAAGUCAAGCAGCAAUGCACAUGUGGAGGAUAAAGUACUGGCAUCCAAUCCAAUAACCGAGGCUGUGGGCAAUGCAAAAACCACACGGAAUGAUAACAGCAGUCGAUUUGGAAAAUACACUGAAAUCAGUUUUGAUCGGAGUUACCAAAUCAUUGGAGCUAACAUGAGAACAUACCUGCUUGAGAAAUCCAGAGUUGUAUUUCAGUCAGAAAAUGAAAGGAACUACCAUAUAUUUUAUCAGUUGUGUGCAUCUGCUAUGCAGCCUGAAUAUGAACAUCUUAAAUUGGGAAGUGCAGAAGAAUUUAACUACACACGAAUGGGUGGCAGCACUGUAAUAGAAGGAGUUGAUGACAGAGCAAAUAUGGUGGAGACUCAGAAGACAUUUGCCUUACUGGGUCUGAAGGGGGAUUUUCAGAUGGAUGUUUUUAAAAUGCUGGCAGCAAUCCUGCACUUGGGCAAUGUGGAAGUAGCAGCUGUUGGAGAUGAAAGAUCAUCGAUCAGUAUGGAAGAUAAACAUCUCAGAAUAUUCUGUGAGCUUCUGGAUUUAAACUGUGACAAAAUGGCCCGGUGGCUGUGCCACCGAAAGAUUGUCACCACCUCCGAGACCGUGGUAAAGCCAAUGACAAGGGCCCAGGCUGUCAAUGCCAGGGAUGCUCUGGCAAAGAAGAUCUACUCCCAUUUAUUUGACUUCAUUGUGGAAAGAAUUAACCAAGCUCUGCAGUUCCCUGGCAAGCAACACACUUUCAUUGGUGUUUUGGAUAUUUAUGGAUUUGAAACGUUUGAUGUGAACAGUUUUGAACAAUUUUGUAUCAAUUACGCUAAUGAAAAACUACAGCAGCAAUUUAACCUGCAUGUCUUUAAACUUGAACAAGAAGAAUAUAUGAAGGAAGAUAUCCCAUGGACUUUAAUAGACUUUUAUGACAACCAGCCUGUCAUUGACCUUAUUGAAGCUAAAAUGGGAAUUUUAGAACUUCUGGAUGAAGAAUGCUUGUUGCCUCAUGGAAAAGAUGAAAACUGGCUUCAAAAGCUGUAUAAUAAUUUUGUCAAUAAAAAUGCACUCUUUGAAAAGCCAAGGAUGUCAAACACUUCUUUCAUCAUUCAACACUUUGCUGAUAAGGUAGAAUAUAAAUGUGAAGGAUUUCUGGAAAAAAACAGAGAUACAGUACACGAAGUAUUGAUUGAAAUCUUGAAAGAGAGCAAGUUUCAUCUGUGUGCAAAUUUUUUUCAAGACAGUCCAGUGUCCGUUUCGCCUUUCAGUUCAACUAUAAACAUCAAAUCUGCCAGACCUGUUCUGAAAUCACCCAACAAACAGCUCCGGACGACUGUGGGCAGUAAGUUCCGGAAUUCUUUGUCUUUACUUAUGGUGACACUCAAUGCAACCACUCCUCAUUAUGUGAGAUGCAUAAAGCCAAAUGAUGAGAAAUUGCCUUUUGAGUUUGAUUCCAAGAGAGUUGCUCAGCAGCUGCGAGCAUGUGGUGUUUUGGAAACUAUUCGGAUUAGUGCACAGAGCUACCCAUCCAGGUGGACUUACAUUGAGUUUUUCAGCCGUUACAGCAUUCUCAUGACACAGCAGGAACUCUCCAUAAAUGACAAGAAACAGAUUUGCAAGAUUGUUUUGCAGAGGCUGAUCCAGGAUCAUAACCAAUAUCAGUUUGGGAGAACCAAAAUUUUUUUCAGAGCGGGACAGGUUGCUUACUUGGAGAAGCUGCGCUCAGACAAGCUGAGGCAGGCGUGCAUCCUGCUCCAGAAGCGUGUCCGGGGCUGGCUGCAGCGGAGGAGGUUCCUGGGCAUGCGGAGAGCGGCGCUCACGCUGCAGCAGUACUUCCGCGGGCAGCGCACGGUCAGGCAAGCUAUAACUGCAAGAAAUCUGAAGCAAACAUGGGCAGCCAUCAUUAUUCAGAAAUACUGUCGGGGUUACCUCGUCCGUAGACUUUGCCAGCUCAUCCAUGUGGCUGCUGUAACAAUACAAGCUUACACAAGAGGAUUUCUAGCAAGAAAAAAGUAUCGGAAGAUGCGUGAAGAGCAGAAGGCUGUGGUCCUCCAGAAAUAUGCCCGAGCGUGGCUCGCCAGGCGCCGGUUCCAGAACAUUCGGCGCUUUGUGUUGAAUAUCCAGCUUUCAUACAGAGUUCAGCAGCUGCAGAAAAAGAUAGAAGAGCAGAGUAGAGAAAAUCAUGGUUUGCUGGAACGGUUGACCAAUCUGGCUUCAGCUCAUAUGAAUGACGUGGAUACAAUUCAGAAACUUGAAUCAGAACUUGAAAAAUUAACUGCUCAAAAGAGAACAUAUGAAGAGAAAGGGAAAAAAUAUAAAGAGGACAGUGAACAGAAGAUCUUAAAACUUGAGAAUCAGAAUAAAGAAUUACAAGAACAGAAGGAGACCUUAGAAAUAAAACUUCAAGAAAAAACCGAGGAAAUGAAAGAGAAAAUGGAUGACCUCACACAGCAACUCUUCAAUGAUGUACAAAAAGAAGAAAACCAGCGAAUGAUACUUGAGAAAAAUUUCCAAAACCAGAAGCAGUACUAUGAAAAGGAGAUUGAAUUGCUCAAGGGAGAAAUGAAGAUUCUGAAAGAAGAAAAAACUCAGCUACAGCAACAAAUUCAGCAAGAAAUUAUCAUUCAGGACGGCUUGAAAAUGGAAGUAGGACAACUUACAAAACAAGCACAGAAAAUUCCUGAGUUGCAAAAGGAAAUCGAACUUCUUCAGACACAGAAAUUGGAUGUUGAAAAGCAGGCCCACUCACAGAAGAGAGAAUUGAGGGAAAAGAUGUCAGAAGUUACAAAGCAGCUUCUUGAAAGUUAUGAUUUUGAAGAUGUAAGAAGCAGACUCUCUACAGAGGAUCUGGAACACUUAAAUGAGGAUGGAGAACUGUGGUUUGCUUACGAGGGCUUGAAAAAAGCCACAAGAGUAUUGGAAAGCCAUUUCCAGUCUCAGAAAGAAAUAUAUGAGAAAGAGAUUGAAGGUUUGAACUUUAAAGUUGAACAUCUUAGUCAAGAUAUUAAUCAUCUACAAAAAUUAUUCCGAGAGGAAAAUGACAUAAAUGAUGGCAUUCGGCUUGAAGUUAGCAGGCUAACUUCAGAAAAUCUGGUAAUCCCAGAUCUUAAGCAGCAAGUUGCUGAACUUGAAAAUCAAAAAUUAGAUCUUGAAAACCGUCUUCAAGAGCAGACCAUAAAGUUGAAAGAGAUGUCAAAUCGGCUGCAUUAUGAGCUGGAACGGGAUAGGACACAAAGACGAACUACUGAGGUCCAGAAUGAAGCAGACAUAAAAGAAAAAGAGAGUCUGAAGGACACAAUCCAGGGAACUGAGGGGCUGAGCAAUGGUUUGAUGCAAGAUGAAAUCCAGGGUGAACUACAAAGCAAGAUAAAGCAAGUGACAACUCGACUUGCUGUAGAAAACAUGGAUCUUGAAGAAAAGCUAGACAUGAAAGACAGGAUAAUAAAAAAAUUAGAAGAUCAGAUCAAAACUCUGACCAAGACUAUUGAAAAAUCUGAAGCCCAUGUGCCCACUGUGCCCAAAGAGUACAUUGGAAUGAUGGAGUACAAAAAAGAGGAUGAAGAAAGGAUCAUUCAGAAUCUGAUCCUCGAUUUAAAGCCACGUGGAGUUGUAGUUAAUAUGAUACCUGGCCUUCCAGCUCACAUCCUGUUCAUGUGUGUGAGGUAUGCAGAUUACCUGAACGAUGCUGACAUGCUGAAGUCUUUCAUGAAUGUAACCAUUGAUGGCAUCAAACAGGUUGUUAAGGAACAUUCAGAAGACUUUGAGAUGUUGUCCUUUUGGCUUUCCAACACAUAUUAUUUUCUUAACUGUUUGAAGCAGUACAGUGGGGAAGAGGAAUUCAUGAAGUAUAACACUCCACGUCAGAAUAAGAACUGUUUGAAGCAUUUUGAUCUCUCAGAAUACAGACAAAUUCUCAGUGAUUUGGCCAUUCAAAUAUAUCACCAAUUCAUUAUUGUAAUGGAGAACAACAUUCAGCACAUGAUUGUACCAGGCAUGCUGGAAUAUGAAAGUCUUCAAGGAAUUUCUGGCUUGAAACCUACGGGGUUCCGUAAACGUUCUUCUAGUAUAGAUGACACGGAUACCUACACUAUGACCUCUAUCUUGCAGCAGCUCAGCUAUUUUUAUAGCACUAUGUGUCAGAAUGGCUUGGACUCUGAGCUCUUAAAGCAGGCAGUGAAGCAGCUUUUCUUUCUGAUUGGAGCUGUCACCCUCAAUAGCCUCUUCCUCCGCAAGGACAUGUGCUCCUGUAGAAAAGGAAUGCAGAUAAGAUGUAAUAUCAGCUACUUGGAAGAAUGGCUUAAGGACAAGAAUCUUCAAAGCAGCAAUGCCAAAGAAACUUUGGAGCCCCUGUCUCAAGCAGCCUGGCUCCUUCAGGUUAAAAAGAUCACAGAUGAUGAUGCCAAGGAAAUAUGUGAACACUGCACAUCUCUUUCUACUGUGCAGAUAGUUAAGAUCCUGAACUCAUACACUCCAAUAGAUGACUUUGAGAAAAGAGUGACUCCGUCGUUUGUUCGGAAGGUCCAGGCUAUGCUGAACAACCGUGAGGACGUUCCACAGCUGAUGCUUGAUACCAAGCAUCUCUUUCAAGUGACUUUUCCUUUCACCCCCUCUCCACAUGCUUUGGAACUGAUACAAGUCCCCAGCAGCUUCAAACUUGGCUUUCUCACGAGGGUUUAAUAAAACAAGUGAAUUAGUAUUUCCUCAGAGACUCUAUAAAGACAGCACUUUCAUGGUUCAUUUCACCAGCUGGUGGAUAGUAUGGCAGCACGCAGUGAAUGAAGCUGUUAAAAACUUGCUCGUUGGUCAAGACUUGAAGACUAGGAGUAAUUUUGUCUUGUUAUUUCCUUCUCCCUUUACUUGCUCUUCUUUCUUCAUUUCAGUCCUACAAGAAUAACUUUAUAUCAUCACCUGGACACAAAGCUUAGCAUACAGUUUUUAGUCCACACCUGACAAGAAAAGCAUUUAUCUGACAAGUUUGCAUUGCUGCCCUGUCAGCAGCAGUCAGAGGGGAAGACUGGCAUGUGAUAGAUGUUACUGCUUUACAAUUUUCUUUGCCUUCAGUUCCUGUAAUGAGAGAGGUUUUUUUUCUUCCCAAGGCAAUUCUAUUCUUUGCCUUGAUAUACUGGCUCUGUUUGAGACUGGCUUUCACCUUUCUGUUUACAGGGGAACUGAGAUCAGUCUAAGAGAAUGGCUGUUACAAACCCACAAUGUGUUUUUGUAGGCAGGCUGGCUCAGCUCUCUGAGUGCUUGCAUUGUAGCUCAGGCACUCUGCACAGCUCUUUGGCCAGGGCAAGGACUCAGGUGCUCUUCUUGGAGACAGGUUUCAGUUUUGUUCUCUACAGUGCCAAGUUUGGAUUCAAUAUCAGUUAUUGUGAUAGGAAAGUUAGAUAUAAAAUUCGUGCUAUGAUCCAGGUUUGAAGUACAAGCUUGGUUCUCUGAAAGGCAGGAGUCAUCUCCUGGUUUGGUUCCAUCCGCAGUGCAAUGCAUUUCAGAAUACACACUGAGUAUGCACACAUCACCUUUCUGCCUUUCUCAUUUUGCUGGUUUCCCUCCUCCAGUCCAGAGACUGAAUAGGAGGAGAUGCAGCAACUGUGGUCUGGUGUUAAUGAUAAACCAAGCUUAAUUCCUUACAUUUCACCUUUACUUACGUAAUUUCAGUUGCAGGAUCCUUAAAUGCAGGAAUAGUCUCCUUUCUGCUUUGUUCAGCCUUCUCCCUGUGGUCAGGGAGUAAAACAGUAACUUUAUUUAGUUCUGGACCCUGUCAGAACAGGGGAAAUAGCAUUCACCUCACCACAAGGGUGACUGUCCUUAAAUAGGUAACUAAUGCUGGGUUUCUAGCUACUCUGUUUGCCAUAGUUAUUAAAAUCAAGUACUAAAGCUCUGAAAUAGCUAAAAGAAUUAUAAUGAAUUGAGUUAAUUUAAGGAACAAUUUCUUUGAUUUUUUUUUAUUAUUACUACAGUGUUAGUUAGUACUUGUUUAAUUUCACAAACAACCUUUAAGCAUAAAGAGGGAAUCAUUCUUGCUUUUUAGUGUUCUUGGUGCUUACCAUGUACAGUGUCAUAUUCCUCAUGAUAUCCACAGAGAUAGAGUCAAAAUAUAUGAAGGAAGCAUUUUGUGUUUUGUUCAAUAACAAUAAAAGCUGUACAAAAGAUCAUACAUGUAGGUAGACUAUUUUAACAUAUUAAAUAAAGUAGUUUUAAAUCAAUUUGUAGUUCUUUGUGUAAUGCAAUAGUUAUGUUUUCAGUAUGGAAUCAUUUGAAAUAAGUUACUUGGAACUAUGUGAACAUUUGUGAGUGUUGUCAGUCUUGUACUGCACCAGAAACAUUUAUUUAAUUUAGUUGCUUUGCUGUAACAUUGUGUCUCUUCCUGUCAGCAUUGUGUGCUGUCCUUGGCUCCUCAUGAAUUUCUGGAAAUAGUUUAAUGGAAGCAACUUUUGUUGCUGCAAAUUGUGCACAGCCUUUUUUUGCAGUUCCUGGAGCUGUCUGUGUGUUACCUGGGCUGAUGUGAGGAAAAUCACAGCCCACUCUUGCAUCCACAUCACAGAGAAGUGUCAAGGUGUCUGUGCUGUUGUGACAAAAAUUGUUGAUCAAGGAAAACUGUUCUGACAAUUUGAUGCUUUGUUACUUUGAGAGCUUUGUGUGAAGUGUGCUAUUAAUGCUGUGUAUACAAACAACAGGGUAUAUUUUUAAAACAAAGUUUAAAAUUAGCCAGCUUACUGUAUGCUCUCAGAACUUAUCUUGCUUUUGCUAAUAUUAAUGUCUUCAGCCAGAAUUUAAGUGAAAAAUUA